CCCUUCUCAUCUGAUUAUUUUCUCCAUACCAGGAUAAAUCAACAAUGGCAAAGCUCGCAGUUUACUUAGCCACCCUUGCUCUCAUUUUGUUCCUUGCCAAUGCUUCAAUCACAUCUGUGACGGUCGAAAGCGAGGAAAACCGGGAUAGCUGUGAACAGCAGAUAAGGAAGCAAGCCCACCUGAAGCACUGCCAGAAGUACAUGGAGGAAGAGUUGGGUGGCGAAGGCAGCGACAAUAUAGCCGGCGGGUACAUUGACUCAUGUUGCCAGCAGCUAGAGAAGAUGGAUACGCAAUGCAGAUGUCAAGGUCUAAGACAUGCAACGAUGCAACAGAUGCAACAGAUGCAAGGACAAAUGGGGAGCAAACAGAUGCGAGAGAUCAUGCAAAAGGUUACCAAGAAAAUAAUGUCCGAAUGUGAGAUGGAGCCUGGGAGGUGUGACACGCCAUCUCGCAGUUUGAUUUAGACAAAAUAUGUUCUCAAGAAUAAAUGUAAUGUCUCCCUUAGUUACUGUGGUGUUUUAGCUGUACUCGCUUUCUUCAUCACAAUAAAAAGCACAUAAUCGUGUGCAUUUUGUUAAAA